UUUUGAUUGGUUACAAAUUGGGGUCAUGGUUUAGGGUUUGUUUGGAGGAGCUGGGAAGUAGGUUCCAUGGCGCCAGACCUCAAGAGCGACUCCUCGGCUCCACAGCCACCGGCGAAACCGGCCAAGGAUGCCAAGAAGAAGAAGGACGAGAAGGAGGAUCUGUCGGAGGAAGAUUUGGCGCUCAAGCAGCAGCUGGAACUCUAUGUGGAGAGGGCGCAGGACAGCGAUCCUGGAGUCCAGAGGCUGGCUCUGGAGAGUAUGAGGCAAGAGAUUCGGAGUGCUACAAGCUCCAUGACUUCCGUGCCCAAGCCGCUGAAAUUCCUCCGCCCGCAUUAUGGGACUUUGAAGGCGUUCUUCCAGAAAAUGCCCGAGUCGGAGCUCAAAAUGUAUAUGGCUGAUAUCAUCUCGGUUUUGGCACUUACCAUGUCGGAAGAAGGAGAAAGGGAGAGCUUGCAAUAUAGAUUGCUCGGCUCUAAGGGUGACUUGGGUUCAUGGGGCCACGAAUACGUCAGAAAUUUGGCUGGAGAAAUUGGCCUCGAAUUCCAAAAGCGUCGGUCGGAGGAAGAGUACAUCAGCAGCUUGAUGGAUUUAGUAAAGCAAAUUGUACCAUUCCACUUGCAGCACAAUGCAGAACCUGAAGCUGUAGAUCUGCUAAUGGAAGUUGAAACGCUUGACAUUCUACCCAAAUUCAUGGAGAAAGCCAACUUCAAAAGGACGUGUUCCUAUCUCUUAAGCUGUGCUAGCUACGUACCUGAGCUAGAGGACAUAUCAGUCUUGGACAUCGCUUAUCAAAUCUAUUCCAAAUUUGAGCAGCAUACUGAUGCUUUGAGGGUUGCUCUUCGGUUGGGCAACUUGCAGUACGCUCGGGCUACAUUUGCAGCUUGCAAGGAUUUAUCGGAAAGGAAGCAGCUCUGCUACAUCCUUGCCCGACAGAGUGAAACGGUAGAGCUGGAUGACGAAAUUCCUAUGGAGGAUGAGCAUCGUGACGUGUUACAAGACAUUAUGAACAACACGAAGCUAUGUGAAGGAUAUCUGACUCUCGCACGGGAUCUUGAUGUGAUGGAGCCCAAAGUACCUGAAGAUAUAUACAAGGCUCAUUUAAUUGAUGGAAGAGCGAGUGCCGGAGCUAGUGUUGAUUCGGCUAGACAAAACCUUGCAGCCACUUUCGUCAAUGCUUUCGUCAACGCUGGUUUUGGACAGGAUCACUUAAUGACAUCUCCUGCUGAGUCUUCUGGAUCAACCAGCACUGGUAACUGGCUUUUUAAAAACAAAGAACAUGGAAAGGCCAGCGCUACUGCCAGUUUGGGUCUUAUCACCUUGUGGGAUGUUGAUGGAGGCCUCCCACAAAUUGAUAAGUAUCUAUACAGUACCGAUAACCAUGUUGUCGCGGGAGCUCUCUUGGCUGUUGGAAUUAUCAAUUGUGGAAUUCGUAAUGACUGCGAUCCGGCGUAUGCUCUUCUAUAUGACUCAGUAACUAAAGAUGAUCCUGCGGUACGUAUUGGUGCUAUUAUGGGUCUUGGCCUAGCAUAUGCCGGCACACAAAAAGAAGAGGUUCUCGAGCUUCUUACUCCAAUCAUAUCUGACUCAAGGGUUGGAAUUGAUGUUGCUGGUUUUGCUGCACUAUCUCUUGGACUUGUUUAUGUUGCAUCAUGCCACGAAGAUGCAGCACAAGCCAUACUCCUUGCGAUGAUGGAACGAGACAACGACGAUCCUUUGGCCAGGUUCUUGUGUCUGGGAUUGGGACUUCUCUACCUUGGAAAGCAGGACGCUGCUGAGGCCACCUUUGAAGUGGUUAAAACAGUAAACGAGAAGAUUUCCAACUAUUGCCAAGUGACUCUCGAAUCUUGUACUUAUGCUGGUACUGGAAAUGUUUUGAAGGUCCAAAAAUUCCUGAGUCAAUGCUCUGAUCAUUUGGACAAAGGCGAGAGUCACCAGGGUGCAGCGGUUCUAGGCAUUGGACUUGUUGCUAUGGCAGAAGAGCUUGGGAGCGAUAUGGCUUUAAGAGCUCUAGAGCACCUUUUGCAGUAUGGCGAGCCAAAUAUUCGUCGAGCCGUGCCUUUGGCUCUGGGUCUCUUGUCGAUAUCGAAUCCGAAGAUCAAUGUCAUGGACACAUUGAGCAGGCUGAGCCAUGACACAGACUCGGAAGUCGCGAUGGCUGCAACCAUUUCUCUUGGACUUAUUGGCGCCGGAACAAACAAUGCGCGUAUUGCGGGAAUGCUUCGAAGCUUGUCCAGCUAUUACUACAAGGAUCCCAGCCUUCUGUUCUGCGUUCGGAUCGCCCAGGGACUUGUACACAUGGGAAAGGGACUAAUCACUUUAAAUCCUUACCAUUCUGAUCGUUUCUUGCUCUCGACGCCUGCCAUCGCCGGCAUUGUUGCCGUUCUUCAUGCGUGCUUGGAUAUGAAAGCCAUCAUCCUAGGGAAGUACCACUACGUUCUCUACUAUCUCGUUCUAGCAAUGCAGCCUAGGAUGCUCAUGACUGUAGACGAGAACUUAAAGCCACUGCCUGUGCCCGUUCGAGUGGGAAUUGCUGUGGACACAGUCGGUCAGGCAGGGCGGCCCAAGAGCAUAACAGGAUUCCAAACGCACACCACUCCAGUUCUUCUUGCGACCGGUGAAAGAGCGGAGCUUGCCACUGAGAAGUACACACCCCUUUCAUCUGUGUUGGAGGGAUUCGUGGUUCUUCGUGAAAAUCCAGACUACGUCGAGGACCACCUUAAUUGAGAAAGAACCAAAGUUUUCGCUAAACAUGGCCAGUUUUGUCAAAAUCGACGGCCAUCUAAAAAUCUUCGUUGGCGCUUUA